CUGAGGCUGGCUGAGCAGCUGAGAGGAGUGCGUCAGCAGUACAUUCACGUUCCCACUGAAGGACAAAGGGAGGGGGCAGAGCGAGCAUCUUAGCUGCCUGCAACACCGACACAGAGGGGGGGAAUAGAGAAAAGAGAGAGAUUGGAGAAUAAACAAGAAGAAGAGAUGUGGAUUGGAAUGCUGCUCCUGCUUCUUCUGUGACGGUGGGCUGCCUGAGCGCUCGCGUGCCUCCUCCUCUUCAUCUAUCUCUCUCUCACACUCUCUCUUUCCUUUGCACACUCUAUCUUUCCCUUGCUCUUGAUCUGUCAGUGGUUCUCUCUCUCCUCUCUCAAUCUCGCUCUUUCUGUCUCCCUUUCCCUCUCUCUCUGUUUUACUCUGGCUACUGCAGUACCAGCCAGCCGCAAGUCUGACAGCCACACACAUGGCUAACUGCCACAACUUACUACCUCAACCAUGGAGAAAAACUAACAAAUAAGCAAGCAGAGGACCACUGCAGGAGACAGCCCAGGUGACAAACAUCGUGUGAAGGGAAGAAUCCUCAAUACCUUUCUCUGUUUUUGGAUACAGACACGGAGCCCACUUUCACACACAUCCUCCCAGCGUCAUUGCUCUCUCUAUUCUCUCAUUGCAGAAGAGGACAAGAGGGCUCUCUCUCUCUCUUCUGACAGCCUUUUGCGAAGCUCCAACAGUGCAGCGCAUCUCCUUCUCCACCCCCCCCCCACCCAGCGCCACCAUCUCUCCCACUAGCCCCCAACCCCCCCUCCCCCCAGGAGGAAUAGACGGAUUACUGCUAACUGUGCACACGGCAGCCUGCAGCUGCUCUGACCAGGGCCAGUCCAACGUUGGGAGGAAGCAAAAGGAACACAGAGGAGGAGAGGAGAGGGGGAUGACUGUGCCGGGAGUUCUUUAGCCUUUUUCUGUCUCUCAGUCUCUGUCACAACGGGGCUAAUCAGCGACCGACUAGCCCUUGGCAAAGUCACAGUGAGGGAGGUCUCCACCAAACAGGCGACCAGCCGGCGAGCCAACACAUGUAUCAGGAGCUGACAGGACUGGGGAUUUUUAUUUAUUUCAGUUGGUCACUUCUCUUCUUCUCCUCUGUCGUGUUUCACUGCGUUAUGGAUCAUUGUGAUUUAUCCAGAGUGGAGCUGCAGGUUGGAGUCUGCAGCCUGGCAUGGGGGCAGUUAGAGGGGGCAGAAGGGAUCCAGGCACCCGCCAAGCCUUCAUGGCCUUACCUCUGCCUGUGAGUGCUUUUCAUGCUGCUUUCAGUCUUUAAUACCAGGAGCCAUUUUGUACCCUUGGCUAAUAGAGGGCCACCUCACUUUUUCAGAGAGGGGAAACAAGAAAACAUCAAUCUGAUGUCUUUCCAUGGAAGGAAAUUAUAAAUGAACGUAAUGAAUAACUGUUGCUUUUAACAUUUGGAAAGAGGCAAAACGGACUACUUCCAAACUAAUGAGCAUCUCCCUGCACUGUCGAUGGAACUUGGGAGCCUUGAGUUGCUCCAGCCAGGCUAGGGUGGUCUGUCCUCUGGUGUGUGCCGUCUCCCCCCACCAUGCAAAAUAAUGAUCCCUCCACACCAUGAGUCCUCUGGGCCAGGUUAGUGUGCAGCCUACCUGGAACGCAGCCCUGCUCGCCGUGCUCUCCCUUAUGGUGCCUGCUCUCAGUAUGUGCCAGUCCACAGGCCCUGCGUUGGGCUCGGCUAACCCACAGAACUGCCCAGGUGUGUGCUCCUGCACUAACCAGCUCAGCAAGGUAGUAUGUACCCGCCGAAGCCUGGUUAGGGUUCCCCCGAACAUCCCAGCCAAUACCAGGUACCUGAACCUGAUGGAAAACAGCAUAGAGACCAUACAAGCAGACACCUUCAGGCACCUGCAUCACCUGGAGGUACUGCAGUUGGGCAGAAAUGCAAUCAGACAGAUUGAGGUGGGGGCCUUCAAUGGCCUGACCAGCCUCAAUACCCUGGAGCUGUUCGACAACAGACUGACAGUCAUACCCAGUGGAGCUUUUGAAUACCUGUCAAAGUUGAGAGAGUUGUGGCUAAGAAACAAUCCCAUUGAGAGCAUCCCCUCUUAUGCCUUCAACCGUGUCCCCUCCCUCAUGAGACUGGACUUGGGAGAACUGAGGAAGUUGCAGUACAUCUCUGAUGGGGCAUUUGAGGGACUUCAAAACCUCAAGUAUCUCAACUUGGGGAUGUGUAACCUGAGAGAGUUCCCUAAUCUUUCACCACUGGCGGGACUGGAGGAGCUAGAGAUAUCAGAGAAUCUUUUCCCUGAACUGAAGCCGGGGGCCUUCCGUGGGCUUAAAAAUCUACGUAAACUGUGGAUUAUGAACUCUGCCAUCACUACCAUUGAGAGGAACGCAUUUGAUGACAUCACAGCCUUGGUGGAGCUGAAUUUAGCCCAUAAUAACCUGUCAUCCCUCCCCCAUAACCUCUUCACCCCUCUUCAGUACCUGGUGGAGCUACACCUGCACCACAACCCUUGGCGAUGUGACUGUGAGGUAGUGUGGCUCUCCUGGUGGCUCAGAGAAUAUAUUCCCACAAAUUCCACCUGCUGUGGACGCUGCCACACCCCGGUCCACAUGAGGGGACGGUACUUGGUGGAAGUUGAUCAGGCCACCUUUCAAUGUUCAGCACCAUUCAUACUUGAUGCUCCUAGAGAUCUGAACAUCUCUGCAGCGAGGGUGGCAGAACUAAAGUGUCGCACAGCUGCAAUGAGCUCAGUCCGAUGGCUUCUCCCCAAUGGCACUGUAUUGACCCAUGGCUCGGCUCACCCACGGAUAUCUGUCCUUAACGACGGGACACUCAACUUCUCCAACGUUCUCCCGUCAGACACAGGGGUCUACACCUGCAUGGUCAGCAACAUGGCGGGAAAUUCCAAUGCCUCGGCCUACCUAAACGUCAGCAAUGCUGAACUCAACACGUCUAAUCUGUCCUAUUUUACCACUGUAACAGUAGAAGUUUUGGAGCCCACAGUGGAGGAAACCCCUAAACCCAAGCCUACUAUCCCUGCCUCACCCUCUGUCUUUCAGCCUGUCUUCAUCUCCACACCCACUGUGCUGUUCCAAAACACUCAGACUCCAAGGCAGGUGUCAAUCCCCACUGCCAGAGUCCCUAGUGGGCCAGCCGCCAGCCUGGAUGAGGUGAUGAAAACCACCAAAAUCAUCAUUGGCUGUUUUGUUGCUGUUACCUUGCUGGCAGCGGCCUUGUUGAUAGGAUUCUAUAAGUUGCGUAAGCGGCAUCAACAGAGGAGCACUGUGGCAGCAGCCAGGACCAUAGAAAUCAUACAGAUGGAGGAAGAAGUUCCUCCUGUUCCACCACCCACCUCUGGAUCUAGUGGCUCUGAUGACACAGUGUUGGUACUGCCUACAUUAGUGGAACACAACAGCAACACCUUUAAGCCUGGGUACGUGUCCUCCUCAUCCCGCCAAGGGGGCUAUGGAGCCCACUGGACCCAGAACAACUCUCUUCAUCGCUCAGUCAGACAGCAUCACAGCCACAUCAGCACCAUUGCUGAUCCCUACAUCAUUAAGACUACUCAUAGCAAGGAGAAGGUUCAAGAGACCCAAAUCUGAGCAUUGCUCCCUCUGGAUUUAUCUCUGACUCAGCCCCAACCUCUCCUCUCCAACUCUCUGCUCAACAGUCCAUGCAAUAGAAUGCACAAAGAACAAAACGGUAACUUUCUUUUGUACAGAAGUGCAAAACAGAGACAGAUUUUUGUUUCUUGUACAUGCCUAUACAUACAUAUAUACAUAUGAAAAAAAUACAAAUAUAUAUAAAUGAAACUACGGUCAGGCAGUGGUGAGAAAUGCAGAUUAUAUCAGAAAAGAAAGUAAUUUGAACUAUUUUCUAAUAACUGGUGACUUCUAUUUAAAAAAAGACAAAUAUACUGAAUUGCUUUUGUGAUUGGUAAUAGAAGGUGGUUCUGUCUACUGUAGGAAAAGAGGCAUUUACUUUGUUUUUUGAUCAUAUUUAGGAUGCAGUUAAAGCUCUUUAUACAGGCACCAGUUUCUAAAUACAGCCCCAAAUGUAAGCUCCAGUUUUUACUGUGCCAAAUAUUCUAAUAUAUGCAAUAAAAUGGUAUUUCCAGACUUAGGUACACACAAAGACACACAAGCAAAAUCUAGAUAGACAGAAACAUUUGUCCAAGGAUAGCAACGUAAUGGCACAGAUAGAAUGUGCUGUUCAGUAGCUAUCAGCCAAAUGCUUUUGGACUGCAGUGAAUUUCUGCAGCUAAGGUUUAACCCUCUGUUCGCUGGAGCUAAGCUGCAUUUAUUUGACAGUGCCAGUGCUUCUUAGUUGUAGUGUAUCUAAACAUGUUUAUUUAGUGUGCACAUGAUUCCCCACUGGUUUAACUGGCAAAGAGCAGGCUAAUUACAGUUGUUGCAAAUACUUUGUUCUGUUAUUGGUUGCAUUUUCUGUUAUUGCUUUUCCGUUAGGUUUUGACAUGCUUCUUAAUGGCUUGUGUAGUGUUUAGGGCUAAUUUAAUAAUGCAUUACAGCAGUUGCCUGACUUGUCUCUGCAAGGGCUCAUUGCGAUGCUCAUUUUUUCAAAGGAAUGGACAUGCGGUGCAGUGAUACAGAGCUUUGCUGACCAUUCUGCUUUUGGAGAAAGAAAACAGAGGAUUGAAGUGAAACAAAUGAAUGUCUGAUACUGGGGCUUUUCCAUGGACUACAUUGAAACAUGACUCUUUUUGUUUUCCUUUUAACAGUUAGCAGUUUAGCAACACUAUUUUUAUGGAGAGACAAAGGAGGCUAUGAAAAAUAAAAAAAACCUUUGGUUUGUAUUUCUCUAAUCAGAAACACUUUCAUCUGAUGUUUUUUCUUCUCUCUGAAUAUAUUUCCAUUUGUGUGUAAGUUGUAAAGGCUGGAGGCAGUGUUGUAAAUCGUAUCCUAUACCCCGAACCCCCAUCUUACGGUCCUAUGCAUUUACUUAGUGUCUGCAUGAAUGGGUCUUUAAGUAACUGGUGUACAAUGCUGCAUUAUACCCCACAGUGGGGCUCUAUGCAGGUCAGAUAGGCUGUUGGUCUUUGAUGCCUCAGCUUAGUUCUUAACAUUGAUUUCUCAGUGACUGUGAAGGGGAAAAAAUACAUGUAUCCCACAGUUCUACAGUUUGUGGGUUUCUUUUCCUUACAUGCUUACCUGGAGGUUGUAGUUCCUAUCAGAAUCUAACAUUGAUCAAGUGAACAAAAAAAAAUGUAUAUAAACAGUAUAUAUGACACAAGACUACUCUAGCAAAGCUUUCAUAAUACAAUCUAAAUAUAUCACACAAUAAUGGGAAAGCAGACCGAUUCUUAUUAUCUUUUUUUUUUGCAGAUGCUGUAUAUGUCAGUACAUUGCUGAACAAUCUGAACUAUCUUGACGUCAUGCAGCUAAAAGACCAGCGACCAUAAAUAAGUGUGCUUAGAUUCUGUGGUGACUGAAACGCCUUACCUUUGACCUUAUGCUGUUGCCCUUCAUACAACCACUCACCACUCCUCCUCCUCCUCCUUUAGUGCUGAUGAAGACAAAUACUUUUCAACCCAGCCGGCUACUGGUCAUUUAAAAGGUCUAAGUCGCAAUACAAAAGUGCUUCUGCUGAGGCUUUUUGGGGAUAAAGAGGAAAUUACAGUAUGACCCCUGUGAUAAUUAUGGAGCAUGGCGAGUUGACAGGAACACCAAGGCGUCAUUUAAAACCUCCAGGCUGAACUUCCUGUACAAUCAAGAGUCAGUUAAUAAUGCGCUGUGAGGCACUGAAUGGCAUUUACUUUAUGUAUAUGUACAUAUUUUCUCUCGACAUUCACAAUAAGAUCACUACAUUACAGCAGGUACUCUGGUGCAGUAAAAUAAAAACAGGGACAGCAAUUAUGUAACAGUCUGGAAUGCAGGUUGAGUGGGAGUCAAUUUUCUCAGGAGUUUUUAUUUUUAUUUUUUGAAAUAUAUGUAAUGUUUACAAUUUAAAUAGGAUGUGUUGUACAUAUAAACAAGUUAAGGCAUAUAACAUAUUGCAGGCAUAAAGGAAAUUCCUCUGAUGAUAUUUUCCUUACGGAUGUUUCGUCAGCGCUGAAUGGAUGGAUGGAGAUGUGUCAGUGUUUUCUGCCAGCGCACCUGGCAGUGUGUGAGUACAGGUGGGCCUCAACAAGCAGAUGGAACUCCAGUGACUAUGUCAAGUGUUACUUCAUUUUCUUCUAAAUGCGAGCGCAAUACACUGCUGAAUAUUCAAUCACCACCAGAAUGUGAUGGCUGCUCUUUGCUUUGACAAAAGAGAGUGUUCUUGGUUGUUACAGUAUGUGUGGGUUGCAAAAGAGCAGACUCUUAUUAUUUCCUCAGCGCAGCAUGGUUCUGGCUGCGCUAGCGCCUUCAUAAGAGGCCAUUGGCUGUUUGUAAAUCCUUUAAUGUACCUUAUAACCAGCCACAUAGAACAUUGACGGCUUCUUUGUUUCUUAUUAUUUUCUUCCUCCUCCUCCUCUUCAGUAUUAUAAUCGAAAGGGGAAGCAAGUCAAGAUUCAAAAACAAUGCUAUCAACCAUUCAGUCGAUUCAGGUUUGCUGUUUCAGUGUCAAGGGUGAAGAAGCUGUGGGAUGGAGUGGAAUGGCCAUUGUGUUAAUCGCUGGAAACAAGGGCACAGACAAUAGUCCUUCCCUGACAACAUCAGUAGGGUUAAUAUGAAUCUGUUCUCUGGGGUGGCUGCCGUCUUAUCUCCAGCAGCUGAGUCAGUCAUAUGCUUUGAAUUUGGCUGUAUGUUGCCUGGUUGCAAAUGAGCUGUGAAGAUGUCUUAUAACUGCUGCCAUCUCCCUUCCUCUGUCCCCUCCCUUUUAUCACUCGUGCUAAUUGACUUAAAAUCAUUGACUGAAACCCCUCAAUAUCGUACAAAUAGGUUGUGUUUCAGGGAGACUCAUAAUCUCCCCUCGUCUUUAUUUCUUUCUCUUUCUCGUGUUAUCCGUUUGGCACAGCAACUGUCACAUCUUUGCAUAGUCUUUUGCAGCAAGCUCACUAAUGUCCACCUGUUUUUCCCCUCCUAUUGAGCCAAUAAUAUUGAUAAAGCUUCAGCCAAAGACGUAAUGCAUCUUUUUGAAGUUAGCAGAAUGUCAGAGGCUCAUGCUGCUAUCCAUAUUGGCAGAGGAUGGAAGAGGUGAAAAGAAUGGCUAAGCUGCCACUACAUAGCACGUCUCACUCCGAUAGAUAGGAUCUGCAGAGAGACAACAGGAAAGGGGGCUAGGAUAAGGCUCUACGGCCGGUGUUCUAUGAGGUUAAGGGUUUGUUGGGAACAAGUCCUCGAGCCUUAAGAUCCAUAUCUGUUAAUGAAGUUCCCAGCAGUGAGAGGUGUUGGCCAGGUGGCAGGCCACAGCAAUUCUGUCAGUUUCUUCACUGAAUGAUGCCUUUUUGUGCCCACAAAGGGAUUGUAAGAAAUGGUCCGUGGUCCUCUUAGAAGGGAGAAAUGGCCUGUAGACUCAAUUCUCAUCCCUCUCUUGACGCUUGAUUAGUCAGCCUACACCUAACUGCAGUCUUUUACAAAAGCACUUUACUUGACCUGCUCACACACUUAAAUGUCUAGCAACUUAAAUUUCUAGUUAGUUUCUACUACAAAUUAUGAAUGCAAAUUUUCAGAAUAAGAAUUAUGAGCACUCAUUCUUUAUUAAAUCUUUAGCCAUUUAAUAAAGUGAAAUGAAACAAAAUAAACCUAAAGUUGCUUUACAAGAACAAUGGGAUGUGAACACACUGAAAAUGGCUAUUUUAAAAUAUUAAUAAGCUUGAAUCAAAGCCUCAAAGCAAUUAGACUUUUGCAUGUUUUUCAGUUAGUCUGGUACUUGGUUUUGGGUCAAGGUAAAAUAAGACACCUAAGAUAGAUGGGAGAGAGGAGGUAACUGCUAU